GUUAUGCUAUUGUUAGUUAAGGGAAGAGAACGCUGACCUGAGACAAAGAUUACGUCGUGCUCAGAAGAACAUUGAUGAACAUAUUAUUGAGAAUAAGAAUUUAAGUGACAGGUAAGUAAUUAAUGCUGUGAAAGGCUGCAGUGGAAUUUCUGGUUAACGAACAGUAAUUCGAGAUGUCCACUGGAUGGAGGUUGGGUUAGAUAAGCACAAGUAUCUGAUCCUCCCUAACAUUUCAAAUAUAAUUUGUUCUUUAAGGCUUGUUCAAGAGCGUGGUCAUUUUACCAAAUUGCUUCAUCAAAUUUUGAAAGAGUAAGCAAAUCUGAUAUUAUGCAUUCACUACGCUUACUGUUACAUUAUAUAUAUGUAUAGUAUUAAUUAUUGAAAUAUGGCCAGCUAAACUUUCAUAGGACAGUUUGAGUCGUGUUGAAAAGGCUAUUUGAAUUUUUACAUCUGCGCAUAAUCAUUAUUUGCGUUUCGUGGUAUGCUUUUUCGUAGUUUUUCUCGGCAUGAUCGGCAACAUUUUUGUUCCAUUUUUUUCCCAACUACGACCAAAUGAUAGGGAGAGAUCAAGUAUGCGGUGUUUCAGGAGUUGUUCUCAAUUAUAGUUUUAUGAAAGAAUGUAAAGGAAGAAUUUCUGAAACACGACUUAUCGACACUCAAUUAAUUAGUACAGCCCGAUACUGCUGUAGUAUAUUCAGUAUAAUCGUAUAAUUACAUUAUUUUUAAAGAAACACAAACAUGUCUUUAUAUAAAGUUAAAAACAAACUUUUUUCCUGUAUAGAUAUGGUAAAACCUAUCUUCUUGUUCCUAGAUAUUAUAGCGUUGGUGAAAAUUCCGUUUCAUUUAAAGAAGAAUUGGAGGCAACUCAAGUACUACUUUUGAAGGUAUUUGAACAACACAUGUCUCAACCGCAUAAACUAGCAAUGAUAUCGUGUGCUCAUCCUCAAUAAUUGAGCACAAAAACAGUUACGGUUCUAUUGCGAAAUAUGGUGUAUAACAUUUACUUUUUUCGUAAAGGAACAAGAAAACAUAAAAGGAUUGCAAGGCUAUAUUGACCACUUAAGGACUGAAAUCUGUAAAUCUGGUCAGGACUCCCUGGUAUGGUGAUGAUAUUUUUUGAAAAAUUAUGUUUUCAUCCAGCUCGUUGUUUUAAGACAAUAAGAAUGAUAUGACAAUAAAAACUGAUUAGUUUCCCUAAUUUAAAAAAAAAACUUUUAAAAUUAUGUGGAAAUCAUAUCAAAUCGAGUAUAAAUACAGCUUUGACCUAAAACAGUAAGCUGUCCGCCAUAUUGUUGAGGAUAUGCACAUAACAACCAGGGGCUCGCAAAUUUUUAUGGUCAUCGACUCACAACAUUUUAAAUAUCUUAAUUGUUAUUUGGUCACCUGCGCCUAGGAGUAGUUUUGAGCGACUAACCGCAGGGUUUCACGUGACUAAAACCAUCGUUAAUGCAUAAUGAGAUAAAAAUUAAUCCAAAAUAGCGGAUAGCUCGUUGUUUUCAGUCAAACUAUUUCAAGAACAAAGCAAGAUAUGAAAAUUAGUAAUUUGUAUAGAAAUAAGGUAUUUUAUGUGCUAUUUAAAGCACGCGUAGGGUGUUUUAUCACAUAUAAAAUACGACGCGUAGCGGAGUGUUUUAUAUGUGAUAAAACACGACUACAAGUGCUUUAAAUAGCUUCAAAAACGACUCAUCUUAUACGAGUUCAUUGGCGAGGUAAUUUUUAUAAGUAAUAUCAUGAAAUGAGGAGUAUUAGUCAUUAAACCACCCGCUCGACGAGGGUCAUUUAUUAUAUUACUUCAUGAUAUUACUUUGUAAUAUUAUUUUUGCGUGAAUUUCACCCAAAUCAGUGUUCAGACACUGUCAAUGAUGUCGGCGGAUAUUAUAUUAGCAAGUAAUGAUAACAAUUAAAUGUUUGUGUGUUUUUCAGUGCAUAAUUUUGUGAUAUAAUUUUGCUCAAACUUUCCAGGUGAUGUGGUAAUACUAAUACGACCCGUAGUGACGUCAACUGAGGUCGUAUUAGUUCUAAUACGACCUGUACAUUUGAGUAGGCGAGUGAAUUAGUUACUAAUACAGCACAAUAGAACAAUAGAAAUUCACGCAAACAUGAUAUUAUUAAAAUAAACUUUGUCUAAACCGAGAAAAUUAAAGCUAAAGUUUAUGUAAAUUAACGUGAUUUUUUAUCACAUAUAAAACCACGACACGCUUAUGAUUUUUCUUUGUGUUUUGCUCCUGAAUUAUUAAUGAGUUUUUGAAAUAAGUUUUGAAAAUUAUUUCAAAUGAGACAAACUAACUUUUUAUUGUCAUAUCACUUACACAAAUAAAAACUGUAUCAUUCAGUUGUUAAUGUUGUUUUCUAGUACAGGGCGGGGAAUUUAACAUUUUGACAGUGUUAAAUAUUGCUAUUUUCCCCGCUACCCGGGGAAUAUUGACUGUAAACGUUCCUAGUUACUUAUGUAGUCACAAAUAAUUAAUAUCAGUAUAGAAAUAUAAAGAAACAAUAUAAACAAAAGAUGGGCAAGAAUGAUUGAUUCCGCCAUGUUUCCACGAGGAUAAACUCGUUCCAGUCCUCUUCUGUUCCAGCCGAGCGUUAAGGUCCCGGCUAGAUAAUCCCCUUGAAUAUAGAUUCGUUAUUUACCCUGUACCCCGGGGGAAAUGCUACAUUAAAUCCGUAACUUGAUAAAUGAGUUACAAUGUAUAUUUUUUUGUUGUACAAGCAAACAAACCAUCUUUAUAAUAUUCUUUUGGCAGAUAAAGUUAUUUGAUGGUAUUCCUGGUUCUGAACGUAAAAAUGAAACGCAAAUUGUACCUAAUGGAGAUGUGGCUCAUGAAACAGUUGAACUUGUACCCCACAAAAUAAAGGUAGCCGAACGUUUUCAAACAAACACAACUCCAUCAGUGGAGAUGAAGCGACUCUUAAAACUAUAAAAUAACUCUUAAAACUAUAAAAUAACUUCUUUUCAAGAUUAUUGUUUGCAAGUUUCGUUGACGUUGUUGAGAUAUUACGAGUUCUGUGAUAUUCAAAUGAGAUAACAGAUAACUUAUGGUUCGUUUGUUCCCAAUUAACAUAAUUGUAAAUCAUGAUUAUUUUCGCAAUUAUUGAACGAAAUUACCGGAAUCUCGUCUUUAAUAUUUUAAUUUUAUGACCUUUGGCAAUAGGUAAUAAUUUGAUUGAAAUGAAACACACUAAAAACACCCUGGUUGAAUUCUUGGUUAAAUUAACCACAAUCCUGGUUAAUUUGAUCAUCAUCGUGGCUAAUUUAACGAGGAUUCCUGAUUAGUUUAACCAGGCUACAUGGUUGAAUUAACCAGAUUAUGUUUGGAAAUCUUGGUUAAAUUAAUCAGGAAUAUUAAGAUAACUUAUGGUUCCUUUGUUCCCAGUUAACAUAUUUGUAAAUCAUGAUUAUUUUCGCAAUACACCCUUAAUUACGUCACACAUAAUUUUUUGCAAUAUAUGAGUUAUCUCAUUUGAAUAUCGCACAAGGCGAAAUAUGUCAACGGCAAUGCAUGGAAGCGACGAUGUUCAAAUGAACUUACUUGACACUUGAAGAGCUCUUUCUAAGUAAAGAUUUUCGCUUCAUUUCCACUUUACUAUAAUAUUGCUCGGGGGGGAGGGGAGGGGAUUGUUUGUACUCCAAGAUUGUUUCUGCUUAUUAUAACAUUUUGAUUUUGAUUAUUAUAACUGUAAAUGAUAGUUAUGGUACAUAUGGUAUUGACCUCACGCAAUUAUUGGAGACAAAUUCUUGGAUCUUGACGAGACAAAAAUUGCUGUAAACACAAACUUGGCAGUAGUUUGUUUACCCAAUGCAGGGUUUAAUACUGUAUGUACUGUUCCUUCUCCAGGCAUGUCACCGACUAAGUGCUGAAUUAAACCCGGAAGAUCUCAUGUUAUCAUGUACACUGUGUUAUGAGAAAAUGAGGUGAGCAGUAAAAGCCAGUUCUUAGUGUCGAUUGCGCGUCAAAGUGACGCGUUUUGCGUUGGGAAAAAAUUGCAUAACUUAACAUGUACAUGUAGCUGAGCCUACGUGCUAGCUGAGCCUACGGCUACGUGCACACGAAUUCGAAUCAGUUGAUAACAGUAACGUCGCACCGAGCUUCUGAACCAAAUCCCAACCCUAACCCGAACUUUUGCAACGAAUCUUCGGUGUGACGUCACUAAUCAACUGAAUGCAGAAUAAUUUUUGCCGUUUUUGAACACUUCGUUCUGAUAUUUAGAAAUUUCUUUUAACGAUACGAUUUUUCUUUAUCUACAAGAAUUGACGAGAUAACGAGUCAUUCAAGGAUAUGCUCUGCACAAUCACAGUCAAAGAAUCGUGCGUAAGUGAUCAAAUGUACAGUAUAAAACUAUAAAUGAUACUUAUACGCACAGUAUAAGUAUCAAUUAAUUUUAGUCAGUGGUGGUUCCAUAUACUGUAAAAGUCUUGAAAUGUCACAAGGAUUACGGUAUAUGUAUGGUGUAUAUUUUUUUAUAUACAGUAUAAACGAUAUUUUAAUAAAUAUAAUUUGCGUUUGCUCUUAGAACAUCAUUGCUCAUCUAGAGGGCUCACUUUUACUAGGGGAAUUCGGAGGAAUGCUUCCCCGAGAAAAUUUUGAAUAUUUAUACCCGCAGAAAGCCCAGAAAUGCAACUAAACUUUUAAUUUCCAUGUUUGCCCGUCAAUGCUCUUAUAAUUAACCUGAAAAACAGAAUCACCUGAAAUUACUCAUCAACAAAUUACCUAUGGUGGGUGUACCACCCCACCCCACCCCACCUCAGGUCGCUAUGGCCCUGCUCUUACCUGUAGAAGAGCCCAAGGCAAACGGUUCACCCGGGAGGCGGAGUAGUGUGCCAUGCAGGCUACUACGCCCCUCGACUCUUGUUUUUUUACUAUUUUUUUGCCACAACAAAGUUUUAUCCAUAUUUUUUUAUUAUUCUUAUUCAUAAAUUUCUGCUAUAUUUGCGAUCGAAUGAAUUCCUAUCAACUGCAUUGCCAAAGACAAAGGGUAACAUCCUUAAGUUUCUGGUACGAAUAUAUUUAUCUUUGAUCAUGACCCAAUUACAACCCUAACCUUAUUGUGCGCGAAACGCCAAGGGCAAUGGCACAUUUCUUGACUGGCAACAGCUAUAUAAACGGCAAUGGCUGCAUAUGAUAUUCUUCUUAGUAGCUUGUUUAAUUUUUGUGUGCUUCUUCGUUCGUUUAAUGUUCUUUAUCACACUCUCUGUAGUUUACUGAAGCCAGACACAUUGAUCGUUAAUGUGACGUGUUCGGAGGCAGAUAUUGAGAAAGCUUCGUUUAAAAUUGUUACGAGGGUAAGUAUUGUUCUUUGAGUCAACGAUCAUAUUUGGACAAUUGAACAAAUAAUUUCGACCCCUGUAUGUUGUAGGACAAUCUUUAUAUUAUAUAUCACUACCGUAGGAAGCAAUUUUGUAUUGGGGGCGGGGGGUUGAUUAGUCAUGGGUGAUUAUUAGGUCAUUAUUUCCCUCUCAAACUUUACAGAUUAUCGCUAGUUACAAAUUAUUGGGGGGGGGGGCUCCCUGUGUAUUGCCAGAUUAGGAAGAUUCCUCCACUUUAAACGACCGCCAACAAGAGAUGUGUUGGAUUUAUAAGCAGAUGACUUGAUUUAUAAGCUUAUUUUCAUAUUAUUUUGGUAACAUCUUUGCGCACAAAUAUAUUUCUCUUUGAUCUUGACCCAUUCACAACCCAAUCUGUAACCCUAAACUUAUUUUGUGCGAAACAUAAGGACAUUGUAACCAUUAUUUUCGUCUCAUUUUAGACAAACCUUGAAAACUACAAUAAUAGUCAUUACGAUGUACAUAGAAGUGAAUCAGAUUGUUUAUGGUUAAGAGAUAAUUUACAGGAGUUAUGUACAGAAUGUGUGGUGCCACCUUUACUUCAACAGACUACACUUAAUGGUGAUUAUAGCUCAGGGGUCGGUUGUACGAAGGCCGGAUGGCGCUAUCCACCGGAUAGUGAUUUUUUAACCGUUGUAAAAAUGCUUGAAAAGUGAUAAAACUACGAAUAUACUGUAAAUGUCACAAUUAGUAAAAGGAAACUUCGAUAGCGCUAUCCUGCUUUCGUACAACCGGAUCCAGUGAAAUAGCUUUACAUGUUGCGUGAGUGGGAAAAAAGGAAUAAAAAUAUUUCUACAGCUACCAUUUAUUUACAUGCAGUUAAUAUUGAAUUUCGGCUUAAGAUGUUAGUAGUUUGGCAUAACAUUGGUCUCGUUAUUUUUAGGGAAAACGAGGGAACUGGAACGGUUUCUUUCUCGUCUUUGUCAACAUCAAAUUCUGCGAACAAGCAGUUUAAUACAAUUAUUUUUAACUGGUUCAGAUGAGGUACAGUUUGUGUUUUCGAGUAAGACGAUUUAUCGUUUGUUGUUGUUGUGCUGUUGUUGUUGUUGUUGUUGUUGUUGUUGUUGUUGUUGUUGUUGUUGUUGUUGUUGUUGUUGUUGUUGUAUCCAAUUCUUAUAUAACAUCUUUCUUUCGUGUUUUUAAGGAAAUUAUAACAGCAAAAGAAGAGUUUAGCGAAAGACAGUCGUUGAAGCAGAGCCCAAUUGAAUAUAAACCAUCUAGAAUAUCAACUAGUGAUAAAGGAACACUUGUUAAAUGUCAGGUAUAGUAACUAUUGAGUAUCGGAUUUUAACUGAAAUUGUAAAAUUCAUGAAUAAUUAAUAAGGCUAUACAAACAAAUCACGACGCGGUAUUUAUAGAAGACAUGUGCACACUUGUAAACCGCAGUAAGUCAUGUUAGAGGGAUGUUUAUGAAAGUUAUCAAUAUUCUGUAGGGAUGUUUAUGAAAGUUUUCAAUACUAAUAUAUUCAGAUCUUAAAUGCAAGCUAAUGAAGCGUGAGAUUGUCCCCAUGGGCAGUGAAUAGUAAUAAAGUAAACAAAUAAAUUCAUUUUACAAGUACGUUAAAAUAUUCGCAACUGGUCUUUAUGGGCAUUCUAAAUGCCCAUAAACAUCAGCUGCUCAUAUUUUAACUGGUACUUUUUACUUCAUUGCGCCGUAUCGUUCACGCCGUGUAUAAAUGCUCUAUCUUCUGUUAGGUAUUCCCAUGGAUUAUUGUGGACUUUUUGGAGCGAGAACUAUGAAAGAGUCGUGAAUUUACUCGACUGUAUUGAUUGUCCUUUCAUGUCUUAACGAUCUGUUAAAGUCGUAUCGUGUUUUUUUCUUCAGAAAUAUUUAGUAUCCAUUGUGAAUAGUUUAAGUGGCUUAAUUAAUCAUCUGAGGAGCAGUCUGGAAAGUGGUUCUAAAAGUAAGUUUCUCUUGUUACAUCUCAUUGUCAGACCUGGAAAAAGUGUUUAAUGUUUCCCAGAUCCUGAAUUUGCCUUUUUCAAAUGUUCCUCAAGAGUGCGUAAAACGAUGGCAAAUUUGACUGACACAUGAAUUAUGCCAUCAUGUAUGCAACAACAAAGUAUUCUUGACUGCAUUUAUGUUACUUGACUCAAAUGACAGAUAAAAUAGUAUGAUAUACGAUUCCUUAAAUGGUGCAUGCGAGUUGAUGAGAGUUGACCAUGGAUAUUAUCGGUUAAACCAUAGGCAGCCCAAUGUUAUGGUUGCCUGCCUGCCUGCCUGCGCGCGGGCGAGGCAUUGUAUAGUUGUAUUAACACAACUAUACAAUGCCUCGCCCGCGCGCAGGCAGGCAACCAUAACAUUGGGCUGCCUAUGGUUAAACGAGAAAAAAGACUCAUCAAGUGAUCAACUGAUAAAAAUUGGAAUCAGCUCAAAGUUGUUGAGAGUUGGCGGUUAAACACGAGCGAGAGUUGUAAUUCUCAGCAACUCUCACCCUCGUUUGAUCAGGGCUUAAGAUUUCAAGGAAAUUGCCAGAAACGAAGGUCGAAGGAAAUGCAAAUUUGUCUUACAACAACUAAGUAAUGUCAUGAAUCUUGUUGAAAAAAAGAUAUUGUCGUAUUCCAUCAAAGUACUUAAGCAAUAUAAACCUCCCCAAGAAGUUGAAAAGAACAAUGUUUGAUAUAUACUUUAUAUAUUAUUCAGAGGGCCAGGGACGAUGGUUUAAAUCAAUUGCAGAGUCUGAACCUGAAGAAACGUACCUAAAGGUAAGGGGCGGACCAUUAGAAAAGUGAUGGGGGGGGGACUUUUCUUGCAUGCACGAUAUUUUUUUCGACUGCUUUGGCGUUGCAGGUAUUUUUUUUUGGCACCAAAUUAUUUGCACGAAUUUUUUUUCCAUGAAACUAGAAGUUUUCUUAACAAAGCACAAGUAACGUAUGAAAAAGACUAACUAUUUUCUGUUCUUUCAAUAAAUAAUGUGAUUAAAUUCCUUGAACAAUUACUUUUGAAAAGUUGUAGAAAACUAUUAUAUAUUUUAAUACAGCCAUGGAGUCAAAAGACAAAGAUCUCUCAUUUUCCUUAGACCUAGCCCCACCCAUUCACCCAAAGCCAAACCCCAAUACCAGACUUUUUAUUAAAAACACAUAUUUUAUACAAAAUACGUUUUCAACUUCAAGUUCCAAUCUAUUUUACGAAUUUACGAUUUCAGUAGUAACUCGGUGCGAGUCAGUUUAAUACCUGUGUCUGACUCUGAUUAAAAGACAUACAUGAUUACAUGAAGCCGUCCAAUUCUUAUAUACCAUUCCAAAUGAUGCAAAGCCAAAGGCACCGCAAUUGAAUUUGCGGCUACAUGGCCCACCAUUCUAUAAUCUUCUAUAGACGUCUAUAGAAGAUAUUAAACGACCCACUUUUGUUGAAAGAUGACUAACAUCGUGGAUUGCAAUUUGCAAGUCCAGAAUAAAAUAAAGCUUGGCCCUGUUUUCCAACAAUGAACAAUCUCGCCAACAAUGAUUUAAUUAUAUUUUUCAUUGCGCUCUGCAGGAAUUUUUUUUCCUCGAAUUUGAUCAUGCAGGAAUUUUUUUUAAAGUUAAUUUGCCUUGCACGAAUUUUUUUUUGUUCCCCCCCCCCCUCACUUUUCUAAUGGUCCGCCCCUAAUGGAUAUUUUGUCCAUUUUGAUAAACUAUGUGGUCAGUUGAUGACCUAAACGCCCGUUCAACCAGUCCAACAUUGUUGGUCCUACUGACCAGGGGUGGAAAAAUAUUUUACUUUCUGGGAAGAGAACAUUGAAAAUGUUUUGCAAAUAAUCUUGAAGUAAAUGGACACUCGGACACUGUAACUGUGUGACACUAACAAGUUGUCAAACUGGAUGUCAUGCUAUAUUUUACAGAAAAAAUUAUUUCAGUCCACUGAGAAUCUUAAAAUAUAACAUAAAACUAAUUUAGAUAACAUGCAUCAAGGGUCUGAUCCUAUGUUAAACACAGAUGCAAAAAAGGGCACUACUGGGCGGGGGGAGGGGGGGGCACUAUCAGGGGGAUCCAUGCUCCCUCAGAAAAUUUUGAAAUCAGGUGUUCCACAUUGGCUAAAAAUGCAUUUGCCAUACAACAUUUGUUUCACCAUUCUAUAGUCUAAUACAUUGAUAUACUAUCGCACUAUUAAGUCAUGGGGUCAUGGUGUGAAUUUUCCUCAGAAUUUCUCCUUUUAUCUGAAUUAUUACAAUUUUCUUGGGGAAGUAUUUUCUGGGAACUCAAAAAAAUUUCUGGGACCAAUGGUCCCGUGGUCCGAUACUUUUUCCAACCCUGUCCUACACCAUACAAUCAUUCUCUAAUAAGGUUUUAUUCUGUUUCACAAAUAUUCCAAGUACAGAUUUUCUGUGCGAAUAAAUCUGAACCUCGUUGCAUUAUUGGGUUCGUAUAAACGGGUUUUAAUGCACUAAAGUCUAAAAUUACUAUUAUUAGUAACAUGGCAUUGUUAAUAUGCAUAAACAACUAGACAUAUUAUAUUACAAUGUCAAUAGAUCAAUUGUCUCCUCACAGUAUCACCGUAACUCAACUUCUCUGUGUUUUUUUUUCAACACAGACGGCUGCCCAAGCAUUAAGUAAAGUUUGUGAUGAUUUAGAAAAAGGACAGGUAAAAUGAAAUAACUUCGAAAUUGCUGUGUACUUGCAGGGUCAAGGUCGGCAGGUUUGUUCACUGGCUCGGAAUCUUAAGCAGUAAAUACUUCAUAUAUGAAUAUUAUUUUGUCACGUCCUAGUUUUACUGGAAGUAUAAAUCUCGUACUCGAGAGAAGCAUUAUGGAGAGUAAUAUAAAACGAUAUUAACUAAUUCAUUAAUUAACUAUGCUUCAGAACUGCGCCUGAUUUAUGAAUUAAAUCCGUAUUCUAGUUUUAUGCAUAAUAUAUACUAUAUAUUUAAUGUAUUCUAAUACUUGUAAUAUGUAUAUAUAUAAUAUAUGCUAAAUAUACUGUAUCUAUUUUUAGAAGGAAGAUGAAAAACUUAUUAUUGGUGAUCUUCAGAGUGUUUUAGAAUAUAUUUAUAGUUGCCAGGUAUGUGCACGAUAUGUUAUCCGUAUUUAGUUAUCUUGAAACGAUAUAUACAAUACAUAUGUAUAUAUAUUUAAGUAUUUUGUGUUUUCAUUGUAGGAAUUAUUGGGUAGAGUAGAAAGUUCUGUAAACACAUUUUUAUAUUGGGAAGAGGAAGUUCGGGUGUGUGAAGAAAUGAAGGUACAUGUAAUCAUAGUCACAGAAUAGGAAGUUAUACCAGAAGCGUAACUCUAGUCGUUUCCCUUAUUGUUUGACGUCCACGAAAAUUUUAACUCGCUCACGUCAGGCCACGCCAUCCUGGCUAGUACAGCCGGAAGUUUUUAUCAGGAUUUGGUAGGUACAAAGUGCCGGUUGUACUAGCCAGGAUGGCGUGAUUGAUGACGAAUCGCUUGUAAAAACGCGGACAAAUAUUUGCUCGAGUUACGCUUCUGGUAUAACUUCCUAUUCUGUGUCAUAGUGAUGUAAUACAAGAGCAGUGAGCUCCAUAUAAAUCUGGAGCGAGAACUCGAGUUCAAAGACGAAGCCAGCUUCGUGUUAACCGCGCAGACAAAAACAAUAGAAAGGGACUGGAACUGACGUUCAAUAACUCCUUCAAUUUCCGCCAUCUUGGCAAAGAGUGUGCCGAAAUUUCGUAUUUUGACAUCGAUGGAAUAACACUAUGGUUUUAUGAACUGAUAACUUGGAAUUAGCUGGGAAAAUGGUAUAAAAGCUGUUUACGACCUUCAUAGCUAUUGGAUGUCAAUGGCCGCCAUCUUGGCUUCACUUUUCUUAUAGACCGAAUGACUGCAGUUCUUGCUCCAGGUAUAUAGAGCUCACUGCACAAGGGUCGCUUUUCAAGAAUUCGCAUACAAGAAUUUCAUACGUAUACAAGAUUUUUUCUGUAGUUGGGUUCAGUAACUCAUAAAAAGCAAAUUACAUCUUUUAAAAUCUCAUCCUUUAUUUUGACCAGAAAAACAUGAAUAAAGAAAGUAGUACAGAUCUCACUACAAGAUGGGCUGAGGUGAGUUGGCAAAUGAUUUUAGUAAAUAUAGUUUUAUGUCAUAGUAAAGGUUGGGUUGUAUGGGAUGGAAUAAUUAUGCAUGUAGGUGUUCUGGUGUACAAAACAUUAGCAUGCUCCAGCGAUUGUUUUGAUGGCGCAAUUUAUACUAGCACUAGAGACGGAUGAUCUGUGUGGACAAAUUUGGGCAAAGAAAAAUUGUUCGUCUGAUAGUUCGUCUGCGUAUAAACGCGGGCAAAAAGACGGAUCAUCUGUCAGAACGAACUGUCUGCAUAUAGUUGGUCCACUCGAAUAGUUUGUCCACACUGCAUAUUAUUAUUUAUAGCUACCUCGAUAUAAUGCAACAAAAAUCAGCCUGCACCGUGUUGUUGUGCUCUUGUUUGUAUUCGAUAUUUAAUCUAAGAGGCUGUUUACAUGAUCCCAGUUUGCCGGGACAGAAUGUAUUAUGUCAUGAAAUAAAUUACUAGGCUUUAAUAAACGAAAGUUCAAACGGCGUUAAAUUACUCAAAUGUUGUCCACAAGAUCUCGUGGUCCAAUAAGAUUACUAUUGCUGCUUAACAACUUUUCUUUCACAAUUAUACGAUAAUCUAUCACAAGAAAAAUAAUGUAGCUUUACUGAAUUGGGCACCGUAACUUAUUUCAAUACACGAAAAUCAUCCCGCCUCACAUCUCGCAAAGCGGGAUCAUGUAAGCAACCCCUAAGGUACCGGUGUGGUUAUAUUUCAGGCGAACUCUAACCUUCAUGCGGCCAAAGCUCACUUGGAGAUGAUGUACGAGAAUCUCUCAAACGAGUUGUAUCAUUUUGAUUAUCAGAAAGAACUGGAGUUACGGGAAAUAUUUAUUGAAUACACGACGUUAAAGUUUGAACAAUAUGAGAAGGUAAUGUAGCAAGUAAUCCAAUUAUCUCAUGCAACGCACUGUUGCAUGAGCAUGCGUAGAUUGGAUUGGAUCAAAAUUAAUUCACCUAGCCUCAUUUUAAGUAGUCAUUUUUUCGUAUCAUUUCAAAUCGGACUAGAAAUCAAGUCCUCGCAUUUUGAUCAAAUUGCGCGGACCUGAAAUCUAGUAAUAUUACUUCUAAUACCUCAUAUUGGUAAAAAUUCUAUGUAUGUAAUAGCAGAAAUGCCAUGUUAUUAUGAUUUGUGUGCUUGAGAUGAUAAUUUAGUACGUGUUUAUUAAUUUAUUCAAAGGGCUGAUAUUUUAUUUCACUCAUUAUCUUGGUUUAUAUUUCGUUCACAGGUGAAAAGCAAGUGGGAGGCAGCCACAGUAAUGACGGAAAUGAAGCUAUCACGUGAUAACAGGGCAAUAGUGUUCACGUGACAAUAUUCCAGGAGUGAAAUUCACAGGAUUUUCUAAAUAGAGAAACACCAUAUGUGACUUUUGGUUAUGUAUACGUAAUAUUGGGGCCAUUCUAAAAAGAAAUGUAAUAUAUCUUUGUUGGAAAAACCUAAUCUACGAUAAUACAUGAAUUGUAAUUUGUAAAUUAGUUUUCCCGUUGUUUUUUGCUGCUAAAAUUAAUCUAAUGACAUCGCACCAGCACAUUUGACAAUGAAAAUGUUGAUCAAGAUGAGGUUUUUACUAUAAAGAUAUAUUACAUUUCUUCUUAGAAUGAUCCAAAUAUUACACAUGCCAAAAUUCAUACUUGAAAGAAAAUGCCAUUUCGGUCACAUUCCUGGAGAUUAAACGGAAAGUCGUUCACAUGUUCGAAAAACUAAUGAAUAUAAUAACAAAAGCUUUUUAAAAAGUCGAAGUAAAUGCAAUUAAAAGCCUGCAUGUUAUACCACGUCACAGAGGUUCUUCUGUUAGCCUUAUUGAUUCAGUUGGCAGGUUACAUUAGUAAUGUGCUGUUGAAUUUAAACUGUCAUGUGUUGUCGCUGUUGCCCAAUAUUGCCUGUGUAAAAUCACAUACGCAAAUUAUUCUAUUGUGACGCAAAAAUGUACAUAAUAAUUUUUAGAAGAAUUAUGAAUUAAUUGUGUAAGUGAUUAUAUUUGUUACAGUGUAACUCCAUUUAUAUAUGAGAAUAAAUUUCAAAUCGUA